AUGGGUCCCACGCUGCCCCCCCGCGCUGUGACGUCACAGUCACAUGGGAUCUGCAGGGGGGUGGGAGAUCGUUUGUAAAAAGCACCCUCUCUGCACAAAAUAAAAAUCAGAAGGUGCAGAGAGGGUGCAGGGGCUGUGCGAUCCCCCUAGGCAACGAGCAUUAGGGAUCUGAUUACUCCCUCGUCGGCCCCCCCCAGCUGUGACGUCAAAGUCACAUGGGAUUUGCUGGGGCAGUUAAUUCCGGCCCCCAGGCGACACCCACGCAUUCCACUGCGCACUUGGAGGAUCGUGGAGCUGCUGCAGCUGAAGACUUCACUGUGCUGGUGAGAUCUGCGCUGAUCUACAACAGGUAACACACUUGCACAACUACAACACUCACACAAUACACUUUCUGUACAUUUUUGACUAAUUUGACUUUUUUUUUACAGAUUUAGUUUUUUUCUGAUUUUUGUACACUUACUCACACUUUACUCACACCUUACACACACCUUACACACACCUUACACACCUUACACACACAUACCUGCACUGUGUAAGUGUGAUUUAUUUUUUUUUUUUACUUUGCCUUUAUUUUAUUCUGCCUUUUCGGCCUUUACCUUGCCAUAAACUUGUAUUUGUUAGUAUUUUUCUAAGUUUGCAAAGUUAUUAUUGAAUUCAUUUGAUUUUAUUGAUUUUACUGUAUUGUAUUAUUUUAUUUCAGUUUUGCAUUGAAUUGUUUUACUGUAUUCCUUUUGUUCAUUGCUUUCAUACGUGUGCUUGCUGGGAUUUUUGGGGGUUGUUUUUUUCCAUUGUCUAUUUUUAUUGCAUUUUAGUUUUCUGUUCAUUUACUUGCAUUUGCUUGUUCUUUGGUAUUAUUCUUGUUCUUUUUCUUGUUCUUUGUUCUACUUCACUGUGCUUUAUUCUUCACUGUUCUUGAUUGGGUUGCUUAUUAGUUUGCUAGUGAUUUUGAUCUAUAAUCACUUUUCUGUUUUAUUGCUUUUCAUUGUAUUGCAUAUUUAUUUGCGGGUUGCUGUUUGGCUUUUGUUUUUUCAUUGAUCUUAUAUCUUGAAUUUGCUGUUACAGGGGUUAGGUUUUUCUUUUUAUUUGCCAGAUUUGCCUGCCAGAGUUCUAGAGGUUUCCAGGGGUUGUUUUUUUUUUUUUCUUUGUCUUGCAGGGAGUUCAAGGGGUUACUGUCAGAUUUGUUUAUAUUCUGGUGUGUGUGCUUUUUUUUUUUUUUUCUAGUCCUCAUCUUUGCUUUUGUUGUCCCAGUUUUUCAUUGAUCCUUUUAUCUUGAAUUUGCUGUUCUGUAUUAGAUCUUGAAUCUGUAGUUGAAUUGGUUCUGUUUUAUUACAUUGAUUUGAUUGAGUUUGGUUAUAUUAGUGGUUUUGGUGUUCUUAUUGCUUUUCUCUUUUUUUUUUUUUAGUUUGCUAUUGCAGUUUACUUCUUCGUGCCAAAAAAAUUGUUCUUGCAUAUUCAUUUUUGAUUGUUACUGGUAUUUUUUUUAUUUAUUGAUUGGCAUAGAAUAGUGACAGGUUCCAGGGGUUAGGUUCUCAUUCUUUCCCAGAUUUGCCUUCCAGAGGGUUCUGGUGGUUGGUUCUUUUCUUUGUCUUGCAGGGAGUUCAAGGGGUUACUGUCAGAUUUGUUUAUAUUCUGGUGUGUGUGCUUUUUUUUUUUUUUUUUCUAGUCCUCAUCUUUGCUUUUGUUGUCCCAGUUUUUCAUUGAUCCUUUUAUCUUGAAUUUGCUAUUCUGUAUUUAGUUCUUGAAUCUUGAAUUUCUGUUUUAUUACAUUGAUUUGAUUGAUUUGGUGUUUUAGUGGUUUCGGUGUUAUCGCUUUAAUUUUUUUAGUUUGCCAUUUCAGUUUACUUGUUCGUGCAAAUAAAAUUGUUCUUAAAAAUGGCCAGAAUGUUUUCCGCAGAAGAGGCUGCUGCAUACUGCAUGGCAUCCAGCUCAGAGGAGUUUAGCGACUCCGAUUCUGAGUAUGUGCCUCCUAGAUCAGAGAGUGACUCAUCUACUGAGGAGUCAUGGGAUAGUAGUGGCACGGUAAGUGCUCUGGAGGAGCCCAUGGAGGUAGAUGAGGAGGUUGUGCAGGAUGAGGAAGAGGGCAAUAGGGCUGAUGCUGCAGCUGGAGGAGAGCCUGCGUGGGGGCCUCCUGGUAAUUUCCCCCUUGCCAUUCCCCCAUUUACUGCAGUCUCUGGAGUUAAGGUGGACACUGGGAAUUUUCAACCGAUUGAUUUUUUUCAGUUGUUUUUGACAGAGGCCAUCCUACAGGAUAUGGUCCUCUAUACAAAUUUAUACGCUGAGCAAUACCUUGUCCAAAAUCCCCUGCCAAGGUAUGCUCGAGCUCGUGCGUGGCAUCCAACAGAUGUAAAUGAGUUGAAGAGGUUUUUGGGACUCACAUUGGCCAUGGGUCUCAUAAAAGCCAAUUCUUUGGAGUCAUAUUGGGACAGCACUACCGUGUUGUCCAUCCCCAUUUUUUCUGCCACAAUGCCAAGAAACCGGUAUCAGCUACUGCUCCGGUUUCUGCAUUUCAACAACAAUGCCACUGCUGUACCCCCCAAUGAGCCCGGACAUGACAGGCUGCACAAAUUGAGGCCCCUUAUAAAUAGCCUGUCCGAGCGCUUUAGAGAAGUGUAUGCCUCAUCCCAAAACAUUUGUAUAGACGAAUCGCUUCUCCUUUUCAAAGGGCGCAUAAAAUUCCGGCAGUAUAUCCCAAGCAAGCGUGCCCGCUAUGGGAUAAAAUUUUAUAAACUGUGCGAAAGCAGCUCUGGGUACACAAGUUUUUUUUUAAUUUAUGAAGGGAAAGACUCCAUAUUAGAUCCCCCUGGUUGUCCCCUUGACCUGACUGUCAGUGGCAAGAUUGUAUGGGAGCUCAUCUGUCCCCUUCUGGGCCAAGGUUACCACUUAUAUGUGGAUAACUUUUACUCGGGUAUCCCACUGUUUAGAGCCCUAUAUUCAUUGGAUACCCCAGCCUGUGGCACUAUAAAUCGUACCCGUAAAGGACUGCCCAGGGAUCUCCUCGAGAAAAAAUUGAACCGUGGAGAAAUUUAUGCCCUUAGAAAUGAUGAGCUCCUUGCCAUCAAAUAUUUUGACACAAGAAACGUUUUCAUGCUGACAACAAUCCACGAUGAGUCAGUAAUCACAGAACAUAGAGUUGGUAGGCCCCCUAAAAUCAAGCCUCGCUGUUGCAAGGAAUACAGCAAACAUAUGGGUGGUGUUGAUAGAACUGACCAACUCCAGCACUAUUAUAAUGCCACCCGCAAAACAACGGCCUGGUACAAAAAAGUUGGCAUCUACUUGAUCCAAAUGGCCCUCCGAAAUUCAUAUGUUGUAUAUCAGGCAGCAGUACCAGGCCCAAAAUUGACCUAUUAUAAAUACCAGCAGCAGAUACUCCCUGCCCUGUUGUUUUGUGGUACAGAGGAGGCCGGGCCAGAGAUGCCAGCUAUGCCAGCAAGUGACAAUGUAGCCAGGUUGAUAGGAAAGCAUUUCAUAGACACGCUUCCACCCACACCUGGUAAAAAGUUUGCCCAGAAAGCCUGCAAGGUGUGCCGCAAAAGGGGUAUCAGACGAGAUACACGGUACUAUUGCCCAAAGUGCCCUCGCAACCCCGGGUUAUGUUUCAAACCGUGUUUUGAAAUAUACCAUACUGAGCUGCACUACUAAUAAUGAUCUUGUAUGUUGGUGUGUAUUGAUUGGCGUUAUAUUAAGAAUUGGUGUCCCGCUUUGUGCAAAAUUUAUAUUCAGGGCAUUCAUAGCAUUUUAUGUUCUUAAUUUUGUAUUUUCUUUUACCUCAAAUGUCCCUAGGGCUAUAGAUCACACUGGGGGGUGUAGCCAAAUGAGGUGUUCAGUGAUGGACAAGGGCGCCCAAAAACUUGUGGUGUGUGAUGACUCCAUGAGAUCAUUUCAUCUCACCUGCUGAUGACUUUAUCUCUCUGAUGCCACAAAGACAUUUUUUUUUUUACUGACACCACAUAAGCUCCCUCUGAGUGCAGUUGCUGAGUAUAUUGGUAUUUCGGAUUUUACUAGUAUAUUCGGUUUACCUGGAAUUUUGGUUAGUAUUGGUUUUGCCCGUAGUUGGUAACAGUUUGCAUUUCAAAAGUUUAGGCUAAAUGCAAACUGUAGUUUUUCUCUUGAUUAUGGAUAGUAGCAGUACUGUACUAAAUGUAUAACUGAGAUUAUUUGAGAGCAACGGGCCACUUGAUUGCACUGAAAGCUGACCUUGAGUUUUCAGUUCAGAUUCUUUAUUUCUGGGUAAUAUAUAUUUUGUUCUUGUGUAGCCAUUCAUCUUUUUUGCAGAAUUGUGAUUGGCACACCACAUAUUGCCAUGCUGUGUCGGUUUACUGAAGAGUACAGAUCAAACAAAAGGGUCCAAACAUGCUCCACUAAACAGAUAAUGACCAAACCGUUAACCUUUACAAAGAACUAUCCACAAAUCUGCAUGUAGGAAAGCAAGAAUGUGGCCACUGAAUAUCUGCAAGUCUGCACUUUCAAGGAUUAUAUACUUUAUAGGGGUAUUUCACAGGUAAGGGGGUUAGUUUAGACUGCAAACCUGGAAGGUAUGCCCUUAGAGUGCAGCCCCAAAUGUAGCUAUUGCCCAUGCUUUAGAGUAUUUUGUGGCAGUGUCUGUAGGCACACCCCUACAUUUGUGCAGUGGCAUAACAAGUAUGUGCCAGGCCUGCCCGGCCCCGCAAGUAAAAUUUUCUGUGGACUUGGUAUGUGAUCCUGCCCACAACCCCAAGCGAACAGGAAGGGCUGCGGACAGAUGUGUGCAUCGGGCACUCUGAAACUUUUAUUAGUGGGGGGUCUGGUGCACGCUUCUGUCCACAACCCUCCCCAGUUCACAAGCUAUACCGGGCCUCCUUUUCCCCGGUCCCGCGACCAUGGGGAUUGCUUCCUCUAUUGGUUAUGCCACUGCAUGUGGGGUAUUGUUUUGUUCAGGAGAAGUUGCAGAUUGAUAUUUAGC